AUGAACUUCCAAUCGCGGGUAUCCACAACUACCGUGCACGAACUCCUCUUCGCCGACGACUGCGCCCUGAACACCACCUCCGAAGCGGAGAUGCAACGGAGCAUGGACCUAUUCUCCGCCGCCUGCGAGAACUUUGGGCUGGUCAUUAACACGCAGAAGACGGUGGUGAUGCACCAACCGCAGCCCAACUCAGCCACAGCCCCCAACGCGCCGCCGCAAAUCAGCGUGAACGGAAAUCAACUGCAAGUGGUAGAGAACUUCCCGUAUCUGGGAAGUACCCUCUCCCACAACACCAAGAUUGAUGACGAAGUCGCCAACAGGAUCUCGAAAGCCAGUCAAGCCUUCGGUCGCCUCCACAGCACAGUUUGGAAGCGUCAUGGUCUCCAACUGCGCACGAAGCUGAAGAUGUACAAGGCCGUCAUCCUGCCGACGUUACUGUACGGAGCAGAGACAUGGACGGUGUACACGAGACAGGCACGCCGACUGAACCACUUCCACCUCAGUUGUCUCCGUCGCAUCCUGAGGCUGAACUGGCAGGAUCGAAUCCCCGACACGGAAGUACUGGAACGAACGGGAAUCCUCAGCAUCUACGCCAUACUGAAACAAAUGCAGCUGCGCUGGAGCGGCCACCUGGUGCGCAUGGACGAUGAGCGACCACCCAAACGACUCUUCUACGGAGACGUCGCGACGGGUUCUCGUCGUCAAGGAGGCCAAAUUCGCCGUUACAAGGAUACCUUGAAGUCCUCCCUGAAGCGCCUGCAAAUCAACCCGACCAACUGGGAAGAGCUCGCUCGCGAUCGCCCGACAUGGAGGAGAACAGUGAAGACGGGCGCUGCCAUCUAUGAAGCCAACCGCAUCGCCGCUGCCAAAGUGAAACGCGAAGCCCGCAAAUCACAACUUCGCCCAGUCCGCAACGCCGCCGCACAACCGCUCCCAACGUGUCCUCGAUGUCAACGGACAUUCCGGGCACGAAUCGGACUUGUUGGACAUCUCCGAACCAACUGCACCUCUCGAACUGCUCCAGCCAUCGUCCCCCCGCCCGCCUCUUCCUCGCCCUCUCUGCCACCAACUAACUAUGACACUCCGUCUGCACCACCACUUCCAUCCUCCUCGUCCUCCUCCCUCUCCACUGCCCCGGCGGUGGCCGUUCAGGCUGUCGUCUCACACAUCACCAACACCAACACACCAACCAACAACACCUCUCCCACCUCUCCCGAUUCCAGUGAUGAGGAUCAGGACUACACCUGCCCUCACUGUGACCGCACCUUCACCUCUCGCAUCGGCCUGGUCGGUCACUUGCGAAUCCAUCGCACAGAGACUGGCGAACCAGUGCCUGGAGCACCAACCUACACCCACCGCACUCGCCUCCACUGCCCACACUGCCCUCGCACCUUCACGCAUCGCAUGGGUCUAUUCGGCCACAUGCGCACCCACGAGAGCGGAAUUGACCACAAUUCCGAUACAGCCGCGACAUCCAACAUAUCCACCAUGUCCAGACGCACCCUCGCUCCACCGUCACACGCGCCGUCCACCACCACCAACACCACCGCUUCCUCUACAGCUGGCACCGACACCGCUGACCUCUCAUGCCCACAUUGUCCACGCACCUUCCCCUCACGCAUCGGCCUGGUGGGUCACUUGCGAAUCCACCGCACAGAGACUGGCGAACCAGUGCCUGGAGUACCAACCUACACUCACCGCACUCGCCUCCACUGCCCACACUGCCCUCGCACCUUCACGCAUCGCAUGGGUCUAUUCGGCCACAUGCGCAUCCACGACGACCUGCGGUAG